AUGCAGCAGCGCUCAGCAUCGACAGCCAAGAACUUGGUUCGUAAAAUCUUUAACCACCACAACCAAAUCCAAUCCCUCAAACGACCACCCUGUGACGUCUUCAUUAAUCAUCGUUGCAUCGAUACCAAGAGGACCAUUUCCGGGUUGCUCUUCGAUCAUCUUUCUAGACUCAGGCUCCAUCCAUUUUUGGAUAGCAAGAACAUGAGACCUGGUGACAAAUUAUUUGACAGCAUUGAUCGAGCUAUCCAUGAAUGUAAAGUUGGGAUUGCUGUGUUUUCGCCGCGUUAUUGCGAGUCAUACUUUUGCCUCCAUGAAUUGGCUUUGUUAAUGGAGACAAAGAAAAGAGUUAUACCUAUAUUUUGUGAUGUCAAGCCAUCUCAGCUUCAUGUUAAGGAUAACGGGCGUUGUCCUCCCAAAGAGCUGCAAAGGUUUGCCUAUGCUCUUGAAGAGGCAAAGUACACCGUUGGACUUACAUUUGACACCCUCGAAGGGGAUUGGUCUAAAUUCUUGACAACCGCUGCGGAGGCCGUCGUACAUAAUUUGAUCGAGGUGGAUGGAGAAGAAACACACAAGGAGCGUAAAUAUUUUAUGAAGAAUUAUUUCUGA